ACUUCGAAGCAUUUCUAGCGUCUUCCCGACCGCAGCCAUAGAAUGACAUAUUAGAGGAAUAUUUCGAUGAAAAGUAAAUCGAAUUGAAGUAAAUUACUAAUUGACAUUUAAAUUCCUCGAGCUUUGAUAGGUCGAUAUGAUUUGACAAGAGGUGACGCGAUAAGUUUCCUCCUCUCCGGCAUGAAUUUUUAAAAUACAGUUUCUCAUAUGUUUCGAUCCCCUUUAAUAUUCUUUCAAUUUUCUUCAUUCAUAUUCUAGCGGCGCAUGCGCAGAAUGAACACGUGUGGCGCGCGUAGCAUGUCCAUGUGUGGCCAUAACCUAAUCUAACCUAAUACUAAUCUUUCGAGAUAUUAAUUUAAUAUUAGAAUACAGAAAAGAAAAGAGAAUUGCUAAUAGAGAUCGUAUUUCACUGAAAAUUGCGGUAAAAUAAAAUCCUUUUGUUGUUGCCGUACCUGCGAUUUGAAAAGAACGAUAUUAUCGCGAACAAUAUACGAUGGAGAAGGAGAAUUGGAAUACGCCUAAUAAUGCGCCUAAUACAAACGGGGAUACUUUUAGAAAUAUGUUAUUCACAGAUCGACCACCUGUUGUGAAUAAGAAUCUGCAAUUUCUCUUAAUUUAUGAUGAACACAAUGCUCUUCUUGGAGGCACUAACAUGGUUGACUUGUAUUGGACUGGUACUCUCUGGCAUUAUAAUGACAUCUCAGAUUUUGCUAGGGAAAGAGCUGCUAUAACACAGCAAAUGAGCAAUGGCAUUUGCGAUGCUGUUUACCUAGGACAUAACAAAUUUGUUGUUGUGGAAGAUAGCGGUGCAGUACAAAUCAACGAAAUAGUUCAAUCAACAGACAAACAGUCUGAAUUUGUAUUUCUCGAACGCGAAUGCCAGCAUGACGACAGCGUUUUGACAGUGUCUGGAUUUUCUAAUAAAAGAAACAUUGUCACAGGAGGAAUGGAUUGUUGUUUAAAAGUCUGGGACGUUGAAGAUUUAGUAGCGACAUAUUCAUAUAGUUUUGCACACACAGAUAUUAUCACUAGUACAGAUGUAAAGCCUAUGUGUACUUCCGAAUUUAUAUCCACCUCUUUAGAUGGUGAAUCAUUACUAUGGGAUAUUAGACGGGCCAAACCAGCACACUGUAUCUUCAAGAGACCCGAUUGCCAGUUAUUAGCAGUAACUUGGAAUACUGUUUCGGAUCAUCUUAUAGCGGUGGGUGCAGCUGACGGCACCAUUGCAUUAAUUGAUGUGAGACAAACAGAGAAUCCAUUAUAUGAGUCAGUUGAAUCUAACAGAGGCAUACAUAAGUUGUUAUUUAAUCCAAAUCCGGAGAGGAAAGAACAAUUAGCUUGUUGUUCCGACGACACUUUUGUGAAAAUAUUUGAUACCUAUAGAGAGAUGCUACCUAUAUUCGAGGAUAAUAGCCAUAGCGAUUUCGUACAAGGACUCGCAUGGUUCAAAGAUGACUUAUUUUCAUGUUCUUGGGAUGGAAGUGUGAUUAAACAUGUAGUAUUUUCUAGCGCCGAUAAUUCAAGUUAAUAAUAAUAAUAAUGUAUCAAAUUUUUUUAACAGUAAUUAUUGAAAUGAUAUUUUACUUUAUAAUAAAAUCACUCAAUUUUUUUUGUAUUAAUUGAAAUGAAUCCUUCAAUGUAUUAAAGAAAAUACUAUAUGUUAUAUACAAAUAAAUGAUGAACUACUGACUUCAACUUGGGGAAUAUACACGAUAUUGAUUUAAAACGUAAAGUUACAAAGAAUGUGGAUUCAAUUUCGAUAUCUUCAUUGUAUAAGCGAUGAUAUAGGAUGUGACAAAAUUUAUUGCAUUUAAGAUAUUGGAAAACAUUCUCCUUUCGUAUUUAUUCAAAUCUCUUAAUCAUCGUUUCAGACAUUUCUACAACAUAGUUAUUAUGCUCCCUGUGAUUAUUCAAUAUACUAUUAUUGCAGAAACACACAAAAGUUGUGUAUUUGAAAUAUAUGGUACCAUCGUUACAUAUAACAGUAACGUAAAAGAGACAGAUAGUUGAGAGACAACAAAAAUUCUCAGGGAUCUUAAAUAUCGCAAUAUUCUUAAAAUAAUUCAAACAAGUCUUUUUUUGCUUUCUGGUCCUACAAUGUGUACAAUGUAUAUAGCAUAUCCAAUAGGAUUUUAUUUACAAAAUGAAGUCAACAAGAGAAUAAUGAUAAAGUGAACAAAAUAUCGCAGAUAAAAGUUUAUAAAUAUGAAGUGUCUAAAAAGAUUACGUCGACCAAUAAUAGAAGAUAGUAGAUUAAAGAUGUAAUAUAUAAUGUAAUAUAUAUAAUAACUCUGGUAAAAUAAAUGUUUAUUCUGUGUUGCAUAGAGAAUAAUAUAUAUUUUUAUAAUAUGUAUUCUAAUAUAUAUUCUUUGUGCCACAGAAAACUAUACUUUACCCGAGCAUACAAUAGAUAACAUUUGUUUAUUGUAAAUAUUUUGAAGGCUUAAUUUUCGUAUUUGUCUUGUACUGUAAUUUGUGUAGGACUGAUUUGUAGGACAACUGCAUAAAUGAUUUCUUGUAAGUACAUUAAUUUCAAACUCGUUUAUGGAUAUAACGCGAUACAUAUAUAACGUGAAAUUUAUUCGAAAGGACGAUAGAUAAAGAUGAUAUAAUUGUACAGUA